AUGCCACCCAAGAGCAAGGCCAAGUCGGGCUCGUCCGCUCCCCGCGAGCAGCCACUCGCUCUGCGCGGAUACCUCAUCGCCUUCAACCUCGUUUCCUUCUUUGGAUGGGUCCUCAUUCUCUCCACCCUCGUCAAGCACUUGGCAGUCGGAGCCCAGAUGCCUUCCUACCCCAUCGUGUUUUCGUCCAAGGUCCUCGCCCGCUUCAGACCGCUGCGCGUCUUCCUCACCAGCACGUAUGCUCACGUUCCCGAGCCCCUGGGCGAGCUGCUCCGCCGUGCUUCGACGACGAUGAUGUCGCUCGGGUCGCUCGUGGCAUUUGUGCAGAGCCUGGCCAUCUUGGAGGUCGUUCACGCCGCGUUGGGAUGGGUGCGGUCUCCCGUGCCUACGACGGCAAUUCAAGUCGCUUCGCGCCUUUUCAUGGUCUGGGGAGUCUCGGAGCGUUUCGCUGCCGCUAGUGGGAGCCCGUGGUAUGCUAGCAUGGUGUUGGCAUGGAGCGUUACGGAGAGUGUGCGAUAUCCGUUUUACGCCAACGCAUUGAUGGGGCAGGAGAGCGAGGGGCUGCUUUGGGCAAGGUACACCCUCUUCUACAUCCUCUACCCCCUCGGAGCAGGCAGCGAAGCGAUGCUCAUCUUCUCGACUCUCCCGUCCAACCUCCCGCCCAAGGGCUGGGAUCUGCGCUCUUACGUCUUCCUCGCUCUGUUCACCAUCUGGUGGCCCGGACUCUACGUCAUGUACACGCACAUGAUGAAGCAGAGGAAGAAGGCCAUUGGCAAGGGAUUCUGGGGCGACAAGCGUGCGCAUGAGAAGGCGGAGAAGAGGAGGGAGCAGGUGCAAAAGGCGGCGAGGGACGUGCAGAAGAAGAGCAAGUGA